UCGUCAGCAAACUUCGUGAUUGAGUUGGAGACGUGCGUGGCCACGCAGUCCUGGGUGAACAUGGAGUACAGGAGGGGGCUGAGCACGCACCCCAGUGGGGCCCCCGUGUUGAAGAUCAGUCAAUGGUCUACGCUCCUAUGGAGCCAAGGGCUUAAGCCAAUAUGUAGCUGCUGCAGACGACACAUCACAUGGAUACUGUAUGUGGACUCUGGUAAAGGGAGCAGCUGGAACUAUCAUAACCCUGCUAAAAAAAGAGCCAGCUACCAUUGAGGAGCCAUGGCCUCAUUUGGACAGAUAAUCUUGUGGGGCUUGAUAGUCAGUAUCUUCGUAACUGCUGGACUCAUCAUUCUCAUCUUGUCUGUGUCAUUUUCAGGUCAGGGCUUGGGGGGUUCCAAGGGCACUGUGGAUAGCAUUGACAAGUGGCCCAUCGGGUACUUGGGAGAGGAUGUCAUCUUGAGCUGCAAGUUCAAGACUUCCACUAACAGCAGGGAAUCGACCAGUCAGGUGUCAAUCACCUGGACGAAGGAGGGGCUAAGUGAAGUGGUGUAUAAGUAUGAUAAAGGAGCAGUCCAGCUGACGGAGCAAAACCCCCAGUUUAAAAAUAGAACCCUGCUGUUCUCAGAUGCCAUAGGUGGAGGCAAUGCCUCCCUGUUGCUGAGGGACGUAAAAGUGGGAGACAAUGGGGUGUACUACUGCAGUGUGAGCACUCCUAGUUGCUCGGGAACUGCCAGUGUUAACCUCAGAGCUGCAGCUUUCUCAGCCCCCAAAUUCAAGCGGGUAAACACUACCCUAACGGCAGAGGCAGAGAGAUGGUUCCCCAAACCAAACAUCACCUGGUUGGAUGUCAAUGACAACGUCCUGAACAAGAGUGAAACUAGCUUCUUCAACAACUCUGCCGGGAUAACUCGAUUCAUCAGCUCCCUUCAGCCAAUCAAAUUGUAUGGCAGCUACACCUGCAUCAUCCAAAACCCUCUGGUGAAGGCCAUCUCCCAGGCAACCAUCAAAGAUACAGAGAUAUCAGCAAAGACUUUCUUCUCCUUCAAUACUUCAGCUGCACCACCCAUACUACAACCUCAAUGGCACGUUCUCGCAGCUACGGCCAGUGUUUUUCUCUGGAUCUACCAGCUAACCUGAAACACAUUGACACCAACUGCUCCUCAUAGCCUACAGUCAAGGUUACUAAAAGUACUGUGGUCUGAUGGAAUUUAUGUUGGAUAUAACAAGUGGAGAUACAGUGUGUGUGUGUGCGUGUGUGUGUGCAUGGCUAUAGGUUAUCUAAUAAGUGGUGAAAUUAUAGUUACAGCAGCAAUACUGUAAUUACAUAAUAAUAACAAUUAUUUUUUGUUUCUAUGGGAUUCACUGUGGCAAUCAGUCUACUGGGCUAUCAGUGUAACACGUGAAUCUAUAGGUCUAUAGUUUUUUUUUUACAAUAAAAUGUAAAUGUUU